UAGGAAUUUAGGUGUUCUCACUCUAGUUCAGGAUCCAGAUGAACUCUUGGUGAUUUUGUUUAGGAAAACAAUGUGGAGAGGCUGGGGUACGCUGAACAAAAAGCCCUAUGAUGGAUCCGGAAUCGCGCGAUAGCGUUGUGUGUUUAAGACAGCUUUUCGGUCGGCAACGUUCCUAUAUUGGUAUCCGCACAGGUAAUAGUAACAGCGCCACCGUAGGCCUUAAUCUCGUUAAGUAAGGAACACCACAAAGUUACUCCGCUGCCUGCCCCAGAUGUCUGUCGCCCUUAUUAUUGCAGAUAAAUCUAAGUAAUGUGUUUAUUCGGCGGGUGAGAUGGAUGCCGCUUGUGGCGGCCGCAUAGACAGGGGUCAAUAUGCCGUGUGCAACAGACACCAUUGUUCAUGAACCACUAAAGCCUCGAGCGUAGGGCUCAAGACGCUUUGUUCCUAGCCUAGUGACGCCCUAAGUGACACAAUUGAUCUGCUGGGGAGCCGCAAGAGAGGGGGACAUCAUGGAGUUGACAUCACUAUAUAUAUCUGCCAAGCCGCUCUUAAACUUGAGAACAAUGGUGAACCAAGCUAGAUCUUCACCUCUAGCCGAAGCCGACUACACUUCUUCAACAUUUUAGUCAGUGUCACGUUGAAUAUUCUUUGCGACGAUGUCUCCUAUGCUAUGCAGUAGCUUCGUCUUUGCCAUCUUGGCAUUCGCCCGAUCUUUAAGUGCUGAGGUGAUAACCCGCGAUGUUGCCAUCAUCGGUGGUGGCGCCACGGGAACCUACGCAGCCAUAAGUCUAAAAGAUCAAGGAAAAUCGAUCGUCAUUGUUGAGCGAAAGGGGGUGCUCGGUGGUCAUACAGCUACUUAUCACGACCCCGCUACUGGGACGCCUAUCAACUACGGCCUCCAAGUGUAUUACGACGAUGACCAAUCCCGCGCCUUCUUUGCCCGUCUCAAUAUCACCCCCGGGCAAGGGACGUUUCCUAAUAACAAAACACCGCUGUACAUUGACUUCAAUGAUGGCGCUCCUAUUCUCGGCUAUAGCGUCCCUACAAUUGGAGAUGACUAUAUCCGGGAACUUCACAAAUAUCCCUAUAUCGAGAAUGGUAUCGAACUACCGGACCCCGUGCCUGAAGACCUACUUCUAUCCUGGGAGAAAUACUUGGAGAAGUUCAAUCUCUCUGAUGAAGCCAUAGCUACAUACUCGCGACCUGCAGUAGCUGGUGACUUGACUAAGAUGCUUGCUCUUUAUGUCUUCAACAAUCUUAACACUGUUCAACUCGAGGAAGAGCUCAAUGGCAAGGCUAUUGCUAAUGCGAAUGGCGACUUUGCUGAACUCUAUCGGAAUGCUCUAAAAGAACUUGGAUCCGAUGUGCUCCUCAAUUCUACUGUAGUCAGCGGCGAGCGCGGUAGCAAGCCCUCUGAGGGCGUCAAGCUCUGCGUCAAGACCCCGGAGGGUGAAAAGCAGAUCGUGGCUAAGCAAUUGAUCUUUGCAGCACCACCGGUACUUGACAAUUUGGAUGUCCUCGGUUUAGAUAAGCGGGAGUCGGAUCUCUUCUCCAAAUUCUCAGGCGGCUUCUAUUAUACAGGAGUCGUGACUAAUCUGGGGCUGCCAACAGACCACAGCUAUGUCAACCGCGCGCAACACACCCCAUGGCACGUAGCUACCCUUCCAGGCACUGUCAUGUUCAAUCCGACAUCUGUUGAGGGUACAUACUACUAUUGGUAUACAUCGCUAGAGGGGAUGUCCCAGCAGCAGGUUGAGAGCUCGACGCGCGACACGCUCAAACUUCUACAGAGAUCUGUGAACGGGUCGAACAUUAAUGCAGAGCCCAAUUUCGUGGCUUAUAAUAGCCACACCCCACUCCACCCUACUGCAGAUGCAGAUUCGAUCCGAGCCGGCGUAUACCGUGAUUAUUACGGUAUCCAAGGCUACCGCAACACCUGGUACACGGGCUCUCUGCUGGUAACUGGUUCUCCACAGCUGUGGAACAUUACCAGCCAGCUUCUACCCAAGAUCAUCGCCGCUUCUGAGCAGUAGAUGAUACACCUGUCCGUUUGCUGAACUUAUGGAGUUUUCCUCUGCGUAUGGCUAGGUACUUGAGUGCAUAUAUAGUCGUUUAUGUAUAUAUCAGUGAUACAUAAACCAAUACCUAAUACACCAUGUAGCAAUCAUGCCUCUUUCUUUUAUUAUGAGCAUGCGGAUCAUAUCGAACGCCCGUGCGUUGUGCCAAGAAGAGCUUAACGAAUAAAAAACAUAGCAACAAUAUUUACCAUGUGCAUGAUCGUGCCCCCACGAUUUUCUCCGAUUAGGUAUUUGGGGUAACAUCUACCCGACUUGGGUCCUCUUUCGAUCAGCUUAGAUCUAGCUCUC